UGAGGGGGUUUGCAAGUGGAGGUAGGCAGAACCAAAAAGUACUUGCUCUUUUUUGCUCUCUCUCUCUCUUUCUCUCUCUCUCUCUCUCUCUGCAAGUCGUAAUCAUGAACUGCUUACUUUCCACCACCUAAUCUAAUGAGCAUUUGGGUUUUGUUGAAUUGAAUUAUGGUCUUUUCUCAAACAGUCGCACUUGCUCUCCUCAUGACUCAUCAUUAUUGUUGUCCUAAUGCCCCAUUCAACAUCUCCUCCACCUCUCUCUGUUUUCCUUGUCCCUACUCGUAGAGAUUGUGUGGGAUUUUGAUCUUGAGAUGCCUUCUUAAACAAACCCAUCUUCUUCUUUUUCAUUUUUUUCCCUUCUCCCUCUUUCCGGAGGAAACAGAGCACACCCACUUUCAUAUCUUGAAGUGGGCCGGUCGUCUGCUCGAUAAAAAUCUUCUCUUGGCAUAUGUCAUUUUAAAAUCUUGGAGGGUUUGGUUGUUGAAUGGCAUUCGUGCAUUUGGUGAGUGCUUGUUCGAAUUGCUACCUGGACACCCAUUUCUUGAUGUAGAACUAGCAAUGUCAGCUUGUUUGACUUCACAUUGUUUUCAUUAUCUUCUUCUUCUUCCUCUUGCUCAUGCUCAAGCGGGUGACAUUAUAUAUUCAGGACCUGAAGGAGUGUUUCUGUGAGGUCUCAAGUCGUUGACAAUGAGUGAGCUCAAGCUUCAAGUCUUCACUUUUAGCAGCUAACGAGGACGAUCAAACACGAAAUAGAAUGAUGCUGGGCGUGAAUUGCAGGACUUCCUCUUCUUCCUUCCUCUCUCCUUCACAUCUCAGUUCACCAAGUGCCGGUGAAAACGGGCUUUACAGGAAUAUACUGAACGCAUCGCCGAGACUCUUUUCCACUUCUAAUUUUGAUGCUGAAAAGAUAGUCAACUGUGAUUCUGUACAAUAUAUUCCUUCCAAUGGCACUCCAUCGCAUAAGUCCACUGUGGAACUACAGAAGGAGAUUGCCACACUUGAGGUUGAAAUUAUGCACUUGGAGAGUCAUCUUCUUUCGCUCUAUAGGACGGCUUUUCGAGAGCACACGUCCACUCUAGCAAAAGUCUCGGAAACAAAGUUGCAGAGCAAGACUAGGUCACCAUCACGGAAAGUGCCUAGUGGACUCAAGCAGAGAGCGGAGCCACACGUUAGGCGAAAUGGCCUCCUGCGUAGUUUCCAAUCUUCCCCAGCACAUUGCUGGGCUUCUUCAGAUAAUCAGAGCUGCACUUCAAGUUCUAAAGCAAUAUCUGUGCGGGACCACAAAAAUGCCGAUUUCGGUCAUAGGAGCCUCGCAGAUCACCUUGGAGCCAAAGACAUCUCUCUCAAAACUCCAGAGAGACUCUCUGAGGAUAUAGUGAGAUGCAUAUCUUCAAUCUACUGCAAGCUUGCGGAUCCCACUCACAUUCAAAUUGGCUCAUCUGCUUCACCAACUUCUUCCUUGUCCUCCUCGAGCAUAUUUUCUUCUCAUAACCACAGAGAUAGUUGGAGCCCAUCUCGGAAUGAGGAGAUUUCGGUGCAUCAACUUCGGGGAUUGAGAGAGGAGAGUGGGAGAUAUGGCGAUAUGGUAGAAGUUCUCAAGAUAUGUUUGGAUGAUAACAGUUUCAAGUUUGCCGCUACGAUGCUGCAAAAGUUCAGGUCAUUGGUUCGUUGUCUUGAGGACAUUGACCCGAGAAAGAUGAAGCGCGAGGAGAAACUUGCUUUCUGGAUCAACAUUCACAAUGCCCUAGUGAUGCAUGCUUAUUUAGCUUAUGGAACGGGAGGUCGUGUGAAGAGCCCCACUAUAAUGAAGGCGGCUUAUAAUGUGGGUGGACAUUGCAUUAAUGCCUAUAUCAUACAAAGCGCAAUUUUAGGAUGUCGAUCAAGUCACUCGGCACCGUGGCUACAAACGCUGUUUACUCCGGGAAGAAAGUACAAGCCAGGCAUUAGCGGACAUCUCUAUGCUUUGGAAUAUCCCGAGCAGCUUGUUCAUUUUGCACUUUGCUCCGGGGCAUAUUCCGACCCACCGGUUCGAGUUUAUACAGCAAAAAGUAUAUUCUUGGAUUUAAAACUGGCUAAAGAGGAUUUUAUUCAAGCAAAUGUCUACAUCCACAAGGAAUCGAAGAUCUUCCUCCCGAGAAUCCUCUAUUACUUCGCAAAAGACAUGUCACUUACUAUGCCCGGGCUGUUAGACGUGGUGAAAGAGUGCCUCUCGGAAGGCCAGCAGCAAACUAUUCAAAAGUGCAUGAAGGGAAGGCUCGACAAGUAUGUCAACUGGAUGCCUCAUAAUUCGACCUUUCGGUACGUGAUCCACCGAGAAUUAGCCGGAGGAAGAGUGGCCAUGUGAUGAAUGCCGGGACUGUAUGUAACCCUUCAAAAGAUUGAUGUAUUUGUUCUUAGUCUUUUGCCCAAAAUAAGCCGUGAGCAGCAAUUUGUACAGAGGUGUGAGGGUGCAAGAUUCUUUUGGGAAUUGAAUUGGAUUUGCUUUGAACCAAGACUAUCAUCAAGGGCACAAUUCAAUUGUUGUCUUUCCUAGAAAUGUGUAAAUCCAAUGUAAAUUUUGCGCUAUGUAUCUCGGGUUGAUGUGCACAGACAA